AUGAUUGAAGGGGAUUUGAAGGAUUGGGGGCCGAGCGCCAUAGAGUCGCGCUCGCCAAGCGCCUUCACACCCAACUCCUCCAGCAUGCUACUGCUGCAGACACACAGCAACUACGGUUCGUCCUUCACUGAUCUAUUAUCGCCGCAAUAUCAAGAAGAUUCGACUGAAAUCUUAGAAGAAAAUCUAGAUCCAUUCCCGGACGUAGAAUUUCACGCUCCGGUCCCGCCUGAAGUAAAAUCUCAUCGCACUACGCCCAUUAGUGAGGCUUCAUCGCCAACAUUAGGCCCUGCGUUGCCUAGUUUUGAAGAAACUUACUCAGUUCGUUAUCCUAAACAAGAAAUGGCGGAAUUUGGCAUUAAAAUGGACGAAGACUGCUACAACGUGAGCGCAUAUCAAGGACACACGUCCACUCAACUACUUUAUCAAUAUCAUCAACCUUCCAUUCCCUAUGUACCGUCUACGUACUACGCACCGGCGCAACCGUGCAGCCCCACAUUCGAUACAGGCGGAGUGACACCCAAUCAAGACUCGUAUUCUUUACCUCCUUUCCCAAGUUCGGUAGACCUUCACAUAGCUACGGAUCAGAGCGCAAGGCAACGACGAGCUUCAUUACCGGUACAGCGGUCAGAAUCGACCAGUUCUAACGACAGCCCUAAGAUACCUGGUGGCAGAGUACAUUGUAUGCAAGCGUCUGCACCUAGCUCUGCAUCCAGUUCACCUGGCGUCGCACCAGAAGGUGCUGGUCCCAGGGUGGCGCCAUCAUCACCAAGUCAGUUAUGCGCUGUAUGUGGGGACACUGCAGCUUGCCAACACUAUGGUGUAAGGACUUGUGAAGGAUGCAAAGGAUUUUUCAAGAGAACCGUACAAAAAGGUUCAAAAUAUGUAUGUUUAGCUGAGAAAUCUUGCCCAGUAGACAAAAGAAGACGAAAUAGAUGUCAGUUUUGUCGGUUCCAGAAAUGUCUCAACGUUGGAAUGGUCAAGGAAGUCGUAAGAACUGACUCUUUGAAAGGUAGACGUGGCAGAUUGCCAUCUAAACCAAAAUGCCCUCAAGAGUCACCGCCUAGCCCGCCUAUUUCGCUUAUCACAGCGCUAGUGAGAGCUCAUGUGGACACUUCUCCAGACUUUGCCAAUCUUGAUUAUUCACAAUACCGGGAACCGAACCCCAUGGAGCCACCGAUGUCGGACUUAGAAGUAAUUCAACAGUUCUACACUCUCUUGACAACUUCAAUUGACAUGAUUAAAGUAUUUGCGGACAAGGUACCAGGCUACGGUGACUUGUGUCCUGAAGACCGUGAACAGCUGUUUGCAUCAGCUCGUCUCGAGCUGUUUGUACUGCGACUGGCAUACCGCACACGUCCGGAAGACACCAAGUUGACAUUCUGCAAUGGCGUAGUACUGGAUAAACGACAGUGUCAACGCUCGUUCGGAGACUGGCUGCAUGCCGUUCUGGACUUUAGCAACACACUACAUUCGAUGGACAUCGACAUAUCUACAUUUGCGUGUCUUUGCGCAUUAACUUUGAUAACAGAUCGACAUGGUCUGAAAGAGCCUCAUCGUGUGGAGCAAUUGCAAAUGAAGAUAAUCGGAUGCCUCCGCGCCCACAUGCCGGGCGGCGGAGGAGCAGCCGGUGGCGGCGCUCCCCACUUCAGCCGCGUGCUGGGCGCUCUGCCCGAGCUACGCUCGCUAUCAGUGCAGGGCCUGCAACGCAUCUUCUACCUGAAGCUUGAGGACCUCGUGCCAGCGCCGCCCCUCAUCGAAAACAUGUUUCGCUCCAGCCUGCCCUUCUAAAUGCCCCGCGCCCCACCCGUGAGGACCACUCCCGCCUUCGAAACUUUGUUCUCCUUCUGUUCUAGAGCCGAAUCCGUUAUUUUUUUAAGUGUUUAGAUGAUAAAAUAUUUUUCUAGAGACUAGAUAAACGUUAGUUAGGACGCGAUCUCCCACGGAAUCGGUUCGUGCUACUCGUAUGAAUUUAAUGUUAAGUAUUUACUUAAUGGAGACAAUCUUACCAUGUAAGUUCUAAGUUAAGGUUAAUUUAUUGAAAAACUUAAGGAAUUUGUCUUUUGGGUGUGAUUUUUUUUUAUCUUAAAUGUUGUGUAUUUCGUAGUCUGCAUUUGAGUUACCGCUCGUGAUCGAUGGCAUCUUGUCGUACAAAUAUUCCUAUGUUAUUUACUUACGUAUUACUUAGAUAGGGAAAAUCUAGUCACAAGACUUAGAAAUGUUAUAAAAAAUUCGCUCGUCAAUAUCGGGCUUUUUAUUAUAAUUAAUAUAAGUAAAAGUUACUUUAAGAAAGAUAAGGCAUUUAAUGUCCUUUUUGUAAGAAUGUGAGAAGGGCGAGCCGAACCCGCAGGACGCGCCCGCCCUGAUGACGGUGUACCGAUGCCGAUGAGCGUCACAACGACAUGUUUGUUGGAAGUUACCUUUUAGUUUUAAAUUAUUUUGUAAUAUUUUAGACGCUAGGACACUAAUAUAAUGUGUUAAAGUAAUUAAACCUAAGGCCGGAGAAAAAGUUCAGCAUAUUUGACGUCCCCAAUGUACUUAAAUCCUUAAAAUACAACGUGUCUUAAAGAGUACCUUUAUAGGUAGAUAGCGUAGAAUUUUCUUAUGUGAACCUUUUAUAUGCUUACUACAAUACAUAUUAUAUAUGUAUUUAGUAAAUAUUUAAACAUAUCACGAUGUUAUUUUUGUAAAAUUGUGAUUGCACUUGUAUUUAUUGGAAUCCUUUGCAUCUCAUUUAAGCUAGGCCAUUAUAGUCAAAUGUACACUAAAAUAAAUUGCUAAAAUUAAAAUCACUGUGUAUUUUUGCUCGUAAGUAUAAAGCUAUUGGGAAUACUGCUGAUAUGAUCAGGUCAGAUGUUUGUAUUUUUGUCUACUGCAUAUAUGAAUGGACUGUGUAAUUUUUCACUGGACCAAAUAGGAUAACUAAAGUCCUGGUGCAGUGUAUCUGAAAGAAGCUGCGCUAAGAACCUUUAAAUCAUAAUCUGUCAAUGGUGGGUACUCUUUUUAUGUAUCUGCCGGCGUGGAAACAAUAACAGUGUAACUAAGAGUUGCCUUGUAUCUCCUAAAAGACUAGAUACCUGCAGCAGCACUGUAGGUAUAACAUAUUUACGGAAAGUAUGCACGUAUCUAUUGUACCACUGGGUGCUCUGUCCAACCUUUAAACUAUGUGUAACUAAUUAGGUACAUAGAUAGGUGAAGGAAUUUAAGAUUCAUAUCUGAAAUAAGUAUUAAGUAGGUGGGGAGUAAAUGUUCCUUAGGUAAGUCACAUUUAUUCCUUGUAAAAUACGAGAGUGACUGUUGUUAUUGAUGUUGGUGUCCUUUGAAAUGGAGUUAGUGAUAAACGUUGUCUAUUACUUAUGUAGAGUUAAUCAAACCCAAGACCCAUUGAAGUUAAUAAUUUUAUACAAAAUUGAUAAUAACCUUAAUUAAUAUUUAUAAAUGCUGGACUUUUUGCUCGAACGCCAGAACUCCCUUCUAAUUUUAUUAAUUUUAUAGAUUUAUAAUUGUAGUCAAGGAAAUUAUUUGUCGUUAAUUUUUAAAUGGUGACGAAUUUCUUAAUGAUUGAACCUACAUAUUGUACCUUUCUUAUACUUCGGUUGUGCUUGAACUGUUGUUACCCUUACCCAUGCCGAAACAAUUUAUUUUUUGCGAAGUAACAAAACUGUUAAUAACAUUCCUACAUUACAAACCUGCUACGUCAACAUUUUGCGUGUCGAAGUAACAAGAAUUUAUCCAACAAAGUGGUAAAGCUGUCGCGAAAAGCUUCAAAAUAUGCUUAAAAAUAAAACAAACAAGCCCUGGCUAGUACCUACAAGCUAGCCAUUUAAUAUUAAAUAUGUAUGCCUCAUGCAAGCAUUCUUGCUGCUACAGGUCAUUCUAUAAUCAUGUCAAUUUCCGCGCACAGAUACGACACAACCACUUCGGGAAAUGAAAAUGAAAUCAAUUCAUGUACACAAAAUAUUAAUUAGAUCUAUUAGAGCUUGGAAUCAUCCUGCCCUUACUCCCUCCACUUGGGAGCUUACAACCGACGCUGCCCAAUGUUUGAAUAGGUACUUAAAUUGUGGAUAGGAAUCUUAUGAAAUAUCACAUUACCCUCCAUAGGUGUGUACCUGUAACCUUAUACCUAAGUGACAUGUUAAGUAAUUAUCUAUUAUAUUUUCUUCUGUAAGGUUUGUAAUGAACUGCAUUUCUUAAAUCUCAACAUAGAUACAUAAAUGUGCUUUUGUUAUGAUAUGUUAUACAUUUUCUUUGUAAAUAUUUCG